AUGGACGGUGCCUUUGAUCUGCUUCACUACGGACAUAUGAAUGCGUUUCGUCUUGGUCGUUCACUUGGAACACACCUGGUGGUCGGAGUCAACUCGGACGAGUCUAUCAGCCAAUGCAAAGGGCCUCCCCUCAUGAACGACGAGGAACGGAUGACCAUGGUUAGUGCUUGCAAGUUUGUCGACGAAAUCUUGCCCAAUUGUCCAUACAUUAUGAAUCGCGAAUAUUUAGACUACGUUAUUGAAACGUACAAGAUCGAUUACGUCAUUCAUGGUGACGACCCGUGCAUCGUGGACGGUAAAGAUGUAUAUGCCGCCGCCAAGGAAGCCGGAAAGUACAGGGGAAUUCCACGAACGGAAGGAGUUUCCACUACCGACAUUGUCGGCCGUAUGCUCCUCAUGACCAAGGAACACCACUAUCACAACGAGACUUCCUCGAUCGACGAACGAGACGAUGAGGUGCCAAAAUCUCCUGGAAGUUCGCGGGAGUGGCUCGGGCGACAAUCCAAAUUUUUGACGACUAGUCGUAUGCUGCAAUUAUUCAGUGCCGACGUACAGGCACCCACACCACACAUGCGGGUUGUUUACAUCGAUGGAGCCUGGGACUUAUUUCACCCUGGCCACGUGGCGAUCCUGAGAGCUGCUCGUGAACGUGGUGAUUAUCUAAUUGUCGGUAUUCACGGUGAUGCCACCGUCAAUCGCGUUCGGGGAAUGAACUUGCCACUCAUGAAUUUGCAUGAACGCGUACUCAGUGUUUUGGGUUGCCGAUUCGCUGACGACGUUCUGAUUGACGCACCGUAUGAUGUCUCCAUGGAAAUGAUUGCCUCACUUAAUAUUUCGGAAGUCGUCGGUACCAACGAUCACGACAUUGGUGAAUUUGAGAUGAAAUCACAGACGCAUCGGUACCGGCAUGCGGAACAAGCUGGGUUAUUGCAUUUGAUGGACAUUCCGAGCAAAUUUAACAUGGGACGAAUUGUGGAACGCAUCCAACGCAAUCAGGAAGCCUACCAAGCCAAAUUUGAACGGAAAAUGGCAGCAGAGCGAGAAUUCUAUGAGCAGAAGCGCGCCAGUGAAUACGAUGCGGCCUUUCAUGAAGGAAGAGUAACUUUUGUGAGCUAG